AAUCACAUGGUUCACUUUCCCAGUUCUGUAAGACGCCAUUUUGGAGGAAAGUUUGGAAAUUGCAGACCUGGGAGGUGCAGAGAAAAGAGGAGGAGGAGGAGAGGAAAGAAGAGGAGGAGGAGAGGAAAAGAGAGGAAGCAGAGGAGAAAGAGAGGAGGGAUUUACACUCAGAGAAGUUUGACACGAAUGCACAAAGCAGGCUGCGCUGGGACUAUCGCAGAAGUGAGUGGACCAGUGCGGGAUAAACCAGUCUGGGCUGGGUUCCGGUUUAGGUGUGCCACCAGGCUGGACUUUGAAGUUUUUUUUUGGAUCAACCAGCAGAGCUCCGGAGCGGAUCUUCCCUUCACCGCCGCCGCCGCGCAGCAGCAGCGGCUCGUGCAUGCACCGUCUGGGCUCCGCCUGCACGCAAACUUGCUGUUAUAUAUAUAUUUACUGGAGUUUGGCACACAGCAGGUCCCAGCUGGUGAAAGCUAGAUUCCCACUUUUCCACCAGCCACUGCGGUCAGCCUGCGCGCUGCACGCCGGCGCAGGGAGCCUCUCUGGCGGGGAAGUCCAGCUCGGAGAGUCGCAGCUUCUUGUUGGCUCCUGAUCUCUUCAUGCAGUGUUAGUUUGAAGCGGGACUCCCGUGUGUUUGUGCGCCAGUUCCCGCGGAGGGUUGGUGUGGUCGCAGUCUUUGGACGGGUCGGUUUUCCUGACAGUUUAGUUUGCGGGUUUGUUCGGCUCGGACGGGAACUUGGUGUCGUCGUGGAGGGAUUUUCUUCUUCUGCCCAGACUUGGAGCGGUGACAGCGGAUUUAACCAGAGGAAUAAUAAAACCCCGUCCUGUGUGAGGAGGAGUGUAUGCGGCUAACACAGAUUUAGCUCCAUACCGAGCCGAGCCAGACCCGACCAUGCCAGUCAGAAAGAAAGAUGCACAGCGAGCUCUGCUGCUGCUGGAGGAAUACCGAGCCAAGCUGAACCACGCCGAGGACCGGCAGCUCCGGCACUCCAUCCAGAGGGUCAUCGACAUCUUCCAGAGCAACCUCUUCCAGGCUCUCAUAGAUAUCCAGGAAUUCUACGAAGUGACCUUAUUGGACAGUCAGAGAUGGGCGGAGUCUUCCAAGGGGGCGGACCCCAUGGCACCCAUCAACCUGUGGGACUUUUCCAGCCUUCAAAGCACAACGGUGACCUCGGACACUCUGCCCAGCCUUAGCACCAGCAUCGAGGACUCCCCCCUCCUAAACGAAAUCCUGCUCACGUUGGCGCAGGCCAAACUCUCCCCCAGCCGUCGCACACAAAAGUAUCGGCACCACGAUGAGGACUCGUCCCCCCAGGAGCAGAGCUCGCCUCAGCUGACAGAGGAGGCGGGGGGGCCCGAGCUGGUCCAGGUGGCCGAGAAGAACCUGUCCCAGAUUGAGAAUGUGCACGGAUACGUCACGCAUGCUCACAUCUCACCUAUGAAGGUAGCAUCUCUGGAGUGCAUCUUUGACGGCUCUUCAGCAUUAGGACACCUUCACUCGGAGCUCCCCUCCCCCACGCCCUCCACCCUCUACCCCCACGGAGAGGACAGCUCCCUCCCCUCCUGCUCCUCCAACCCCUACCCCCCGAUCCAGCAGGCCGAGGUGGCCCCGCCCUCAUCUCCCAUAAUCCCUGUGAUCCCCAUCUCUCCAAUCCCAGCAGAGACCACCGUCAUCCCUCUGACGUCACAGGCCAAUCCUCCGCCUGUGGUGGUCAACACGGACAGCCUGGACACGCCCCCAUAUGUAAACGGGACGGAGGCCGAUUAUGAAUACGAGGAGAUCACGCUGGAGAGGGGAAACUCGGGGCUGGGCUUCAGCAUCGCGGGCGGCACAGACAACCCUCACAUCGGUGAAGAUCCCAGCAUCUUCAUCACCAAAGUCAUACCUGGAGGAGCUGCCGCCCAGGACGGCCGGCUCAGGGUCAACGACGUCAUCCUGAGGGUCAACGAAGUGGACGUUCGUGACGUGACCCACAGCCGAGCCGUGGAGGCGCUGAAGGAGGCGGGCUCUCUGGUCCGACUCUACGUCCGCAGGAGGAAACCCGUCUCAGAGAAGGUGAUGGAGAUCAAACUGGUGAAAGGACCCAAAGGUCUAGGUUUUAGUAUAGCCGGAGGAGUCGGGAACCAGCACAUCCCGGGCGAUAACAGCAUCUACGUCACCAAGAUCAUCGAAGGCGGCGCCGCGCACAAAGACGGGAGGCUGCAGAUCGGAGACAAGCUCCUGGCUGUGAACAGUUCUUGUCUGGAGGAGGUGAGCCACGAACACGCCGUCACUGCCUUGAAAAACACUCCAGACGUGGUCUACUUGAAAGUGGCAAAACCCAACAGUGUCUUCAUGAACGACAGCUUCGCCCCGCCCGACCUCACCAACUCGUACACACAGCACAUGGAGAACCAUAUCAGCCCCCCCAACUUCCUGAGUCAGACCCUCCCUCCGCCAGCAUCCUCGGGACGAUACUCGCCAACGCCGAAGAGCAUGCUGGGAGAUGAUGAUGUCACCAGGGAGCCCAGGAAGGUGGUGCUGCACCGAGGAGCGACAGGCCUUGGCUUCAACAUCGUGGGUGGUGAGGACGGGGAGGGAAUCUUCAUCUCUUUCAUCCUCGCUGGAGGACCAGCUGACCUCUCUGGAGAGCUGAGGAAAGGAGACAGACUCGUCUCUGUCAACGGCGUGGACCUCCGGAAUGCCACCCAUGAGCAGGCCGCCGCCGCCUUGAAGAACGCCGGCCAGACGGUCACCAUCGUCGCCCAGUACAGACCGGAGGAGUACAGCCGGUUUGAGGCGAAGAUCCACGACCUGAGGGAGCAGAUGAUGAACAGCAGCAUCAGUUCUGGGUCCGGGUCUCUGCGAACGAGCCAGAAGAGGUCGUUGUACGUCAGAGCUCUGUUUGACUACGAUAAGACGAGGGACUCGGGUCUGCCCAGUCAGGGCCUGAACUUUAAGUUCGGAGACAUCCUCCAUGUGGUGAACGCCUCGGACGACGAGUGGUGGCAAGCCCGCCAGCUGACGGCGCAGGGAGAGCUGGAGGAGGUCGGGGUCAUCCCCAGCAAGAGACGGGUGGAGAAGAAGGAGAGGGCGAGAUUAAAGACGGUGAAGUUCAACGCCAAGUCUCGGGACCGAGGGCAGUCCCUCAAUGACAAGCGUAAAAAGAACCUCUUUACCCGAAAGUUUCCGUUCUACAAGAGCAAAGAGGCGAGCGAGCAGGAGACCAGCGACGUUGACCAGCACGUGACGUCUAACGCCAGCGAUAGCGAGAGUAGCUACCGUGGGCAGGAGGAGUACGUCCUGUCGUAUGAACCCGUCAUUCAGCAGGAAGUGAACUACACCCGACCCGUCAUCAUCCUCGGCCCCAUGAAGGACCGGAUCAACGACGACCUGAUCUCGGAGUUCCCCGACAAGUUUGGGUCCUGCGUCCCACAUACGACCCGGCCCAAGCGCGACUACGAGGUGGACGGCAGAGAUUAUCACUUUGUGCUUUCCAGAGAGCAGAUGGAGAAGGACAUCCAGGAACACAAGUUCAUCGAGGCGGGGCAGUACAACAACCACCUGUACGGGACCAGUGUGCAGUCGGUCCGAGAGGUGGCCGAGAAGGGGAAACACUGCAUCCUGGAUGUGUCAGGAAACGCCAUCAAGAGACUCCAGCUGGCUCAGCUUCAUCCCAUCGCCAUCUUCAUCAAACCCAAAUCUGUGGAGAACAUCAUGGAGAUGAACAAACGUCUGACAGAUGAGCAGGGCAGGAAAACCUUCGACAGAGCCGGCAAGCUGGAGCAGGAGUUCACCGAACAUUUCACAGCCAUCGUGCAGGGCGACACUCUGGAGGAAAUCUAUGAUCAGGUGAAGCAGAUCAUCGAGGAGCAGUCGGGUCCGUUCAUCUGGGUUCUGUCCAAGGAGAAGUUAUGAAGAUCCAGCCGCUCUUCAUCGCUCCUCCUCCUCCUCCCCUUUACAUUCACUUUGUUUUAUUCUGAGAAGAGUCGACCUGCGGACGGUAGCCUCCCCCUCCAUCCCGCCUCCUCCCCCGGUCGGCCGAGCUGACGGCCGGCUCGUACUCGGACUCCAUCGUCGGGUUUCCUGACCAGCAGAGUAAAGCACACAGGAAGUGACAUCACGGUACAGCUCCUUAAUGUUUAAGGAAGGAGAACCUCAGAGGAGAAGAUUUCAAGAAAGUGUCAAAGAAACGUACGAAGCAGAUUUUAUCCUUUUGUUUUUUUGUGUUUUUCUUUGUUUUUUGUUGUUUUGUGAUGUAGGCAGGUGGGCGGAGCCUCAUUCUCAGGCAGCGUUGUCGGUCUGGAGGAAGCAGAGACACAAAAAGCAAAACUUUGCACGUUUGAGCUUUAACAGCAUGUCAGUUUACCCCUUUUAUUUCCCAUCAGUCCCUUCACCUCAGCGUCUGAUGUCACAGUGUUUUUUGUUUUUUUUUUACAUUUUCUGUUUCCUCUUUAUUUUUUACUUGAUUCCUUUGUUCCGUCGCUGCUGCUGGAUGUUGGUCGGGACGCUGCAGGUUUCUGUUCUGCUGCUAGAGGGCGCCGCCAUGAUCAACGCUCAGAUCUGUCGGCUGGCGAUGGAAACUCUAAAAUGUUCGAUUAAAAUCAGGUUGUUGGAAUUAAACCGUUUAUCAUGAGACGGAAACGACAGACUUCAGUCAUCUCCUCCAUUUCCAGUUAAAGACAUGUUAAAGUGGAUCGAUGACGUCACAGCACUGAUUAUUAAACUACAAGUUCUUCCUGUGAUGACUGGAAACUCAGCUGCAGUCAGAAAAAUCUCGUUAGGAAAGAAUAUUUUUUAAAUACCUGAUUUUUUUUUUCUUAAAAGAAACUUAAUCAGAAAUGUUGUGAAUCAAUCACAAAAAUUAUUGAGUGAAAAUUUAUUUUACUACCAAAGUGUUUUUUUUUACAAAAAGCAAUUCAGUUUAUAUAUAUAUAUAUAUAUAUAUAUAAACUGAAAAAUAAAUACUGUUAGAAGAAAACGUCUUUUCUCACCCAUCAAAUUAACAUUUUUACAACAAAUUUAAAUUCUAUUAUAUUUUUACAGUAAAAUCGUCUCAGAAUUUAGCAAAAAUAUAUUUUUAAAUUAUCUGAAAACUACAAAAAUAUCAGUUUUUAUCACAUUAAUGUUUCACAUAGUUCUAAGAAAAAAUUAUAUAAAGAUUAUUUAAUAUUUACAACAAUUUAACAAAAAUCCUAGAAAUGAUCAAACAAGUUAAUUAAGUACAGAAAUUGAGUAGCAAAAAAAUUUUUAGAAUUAAGACAUAUUUAUGCGUCCUUAUUGUUAAAAUAAUAAAAGCUUAAAUAUUUUUUUAAAAUACUAGAACAGAUUUUGUGAUUUAAAAAAAAAUUAAAAAUGUAUAAAUAUAUUUUACGUUUUAACGUUAAAAUGACCUCAUAAAUCAGCGAUAAUCUGAGAUUACGGAGAAAAUUCCUGUAAGUCGUCUCAUCAGAUUAUUUCACUCUAACGGAUCCAGAUCGCAGAAUAAAUUUUAACUUUAUUUAAAAACUUUAACGAACUCUUUUCUUGGAUUUUGGGGCGGAGUUAUACAGAGCCCUCUGUACCACGAGCUCAAACCCCGGUGGUCGUCCCGGCAACGUCUGUCAGCAGCGUCAGUGUCUUACCAUGGCAACAAUGUUGGUCAUGUGAUCAUGCGGCUGAACCUGGAGCCGAGCUGCCACCUCCAGGAGUCCACAGCUGUGUCGCAACACGCAGACGAUUAUUGUACAAUGAGAUUUUGACAGAUAUUUAACCCUCGGUAAACUGCCUAUUUUGUUAUAAUAAAAGUCUAUAUUGAACUUUA